AUAUCCUUUUACUGGGUGGGCCAAGAAAUCUGAUGAAACACAAGAGUCCACUAGGGUAGUACCGGCCCAUCCCCAAAUCACUUUCCCCUUUUUCUUCUUUUCCGAAAUAGUCUAGGGUUCAAUCUCCUCCUUCCCAAUAAACCAAAAGCCACUCUCUCCCUUCUUCUGUCUCUCCCAGACCUUCCAAACCCUUUCACCCAUGGACGCCGAAAUGUCAUCGGAAUCCGGCCUAACCCUCAUAAAGCAGCUCGCAUCGUGCAACGCCGGCAGCCGCGGACGCGCCCUCCGGGUCCUUCUCAAGACGUGGCUCCCGACCCAGCUCAACCUCUCCGAUGACGACAUGAAGAAGCUCUGGAAAGGCCUCUUCUACUGCAUGUGGCACGCCGACAAGGCCCCGGCCCAGGCCCAGCUCAUCGACCGCCUCUCCUCCCUCCUCUACAGCCUCCACCUCCCUCUCGCCGUCGACUACUUCUCCGCCUUCCUCCUCACCAUGCGGCGGGAGUGGUCCGGCAUCGAUUCUUUAAGGUUAGACAAGUUCUAUCUCCUGAUUCGUAGAUUCGUGAGUUGUCUGUUUGUUUUGAUGAGGAACAAUGGUUGGGAACUGGAGCUGGUCGAGAAAUUAACGGGUGUUUUGAUGGAGGGCACGUUUUUCGCGGCGGAUAAGUUUUCGGGGAAUGGGGUGAAUUACCAUGUUGCCACUGUGUUUCUUGAGGAGUUGAGGCCGUGUAUGCCGGUGAGGAAGGAAGUUGUGGAGGUUUUGUUGGUUGGGUUUGUUAGGGUUAUGGCGAAAUCGAGUGAUAAGGUGCUUGUGGGGAAGGUUAAGGGGAGUUUGUUUGAUGUGUUGGUUGAAAAUGGGAGGAGGUUGUUGGAGGUGAGGAAGCUGGGGGAGGAGGUGGAUUCGGGGGACGAUGCGGUGGUGUUUGGGUCGGUUGCGCUGUGUUUGGGGUUUUCGAGUAGGUUUCAGGAGAUGGGGGAGUCGGAGGAGUGCUGUCAGGGGAAUAGGAAGGUGUUGUUUGGGUUGGGGGAGGAGUUUUUGAAGCUGGAGAGGGAGUUGGCGGCUUCGGGUAUUGCGGUUGAGAUUAAGGAGCGGGUGAGGAAUGAGGAUGAGGAAGUGCCGAGUUUGAUUCCGAUUGUGGGCGAGGGUAUGGAUGUUGACAAUGCAACUAAUGGGGCUGGUGGGAAGCCUUUGAAGAAGUGCAAGAAGGGUGAUAAGGAACCUGGCGGUGCUGAUGUUAAGACAAAGAAGAAGAAAACAAAGAAUGAGAAGAAGAAGAAGCAGAAGAAGGAGAACGGGAUUCUGGAUUCUGAUUCUGAGAAGAGCCAUACGGAUAUGGAGAAUGCUAAUGUAGCUGCAAAUUGUGAGAAAAGCGAUGAACAGGUUACUGAUGGUGCUGAGUUGAAACUUGAUGAUUUUGCUAUCUCGAACCUCCAGAUGCAGUUUGAGAAGAUUGCUGCUGAAGCAGGCUUGGACCAUGAUCUUCCAAGUGCCUGUGAAUUGCCGACAGCUACGGCUAAUGGUACUGUCUCGAAGAAGAGAAAGAGAGUGAAGAAAGGCGAUGAAGAAGUUGUGGAGGAUGGCAUCAACGGAAAGACUGGGGAGAAGAGUGCAAAGAAGGUAAAGUUUUCCAUGAAGAACAACUUGGUGUGGAAGCCCCAAAGCCCUUUACCUCCUCAAAAUCUAAGACUGCCCCCGUCAGCUACACCCAGAGGAAGUGCACUUAAGCAAGGAGUACCUCCAGGUCCUAUCAGGGAAAUGCCCCCAGCAACCAAAAAAGUGAAGAGAGUUGUGAAGAAGACUCGGAAAGUUGUCAAACGCAUAAAGAAGUUAAAAUCUCGUUCUACUUAGUAGGUAUCAUUUUACUUGGUUAUUUUAGCUGAAAAAUUUGUUCAAUGUUUAGUUGUCACUUGACUUACACAUAACAAUUUCCCAUUUCGUGUUAUGUUGGGUUUUUUAUAUUCAAUGUUGCUAUUCUCUUAUUCACGAAAGUAAA